UCAUAAAAACGGAUAGAAUUCUGAAGACACCGUCAGUAGUAAGUUGUCAAGAAGUUGAGGAGUAAGCGAAGAAUCCCAUCUGGACUCUUAAACAUAAUCUCACCAAAAUGGCCUUAAGAUUGGUUCUUGUUUCGCUGGCAUUCCUGACCAUCACAGGAAUCAAUGCCCAAGUUACGGAGGAAACAGAAUUGGACACUGAAGGAAUCAUCCUAACAUGCACAGACACUGAGAUGAUUGUUGAGAUCCCCAAAUCACUCCUGACUGGUGAAAUGUCAGGUGAGAACGUCCGUUUCGAGAACGAAGAAGACCCGGAUAAUGAUUACUGCUGGGGAGUAGACACAUCCAACGACGCCAGUGAGGACAUCAUCGAACUCACUACAAACCUAACCGCAUGCGGAACAAACAGGACCGAAAGUGACGACGAAGAGACAUACACCAACCGUGUUAUCAGCCGUUACCUAGAUACUGAUGUCAUCAGCCGCCAGUACGCCAUUGAGAUCCCUCUAUCAUGCUCGUACAAUAGGAGUAAACAGGUUGGCAGUGGGAACGUCCGCUACCAACUCACUGACUACACCAUCGACAAGACUCUUGAUGAGGAUGGUGCGUACACCUUCUCCUUCGAUAUCUACACAGAUGACACCUACGGGGAGGCUGUGGAAACCUACCCUAUCGUCAUUGGCCUCAACGAAGAACUGUACUUCGCUGCUUCCGUGCUGUCUUUGGACGGUACCCUCGACCUUUCCAUCCGUUCCUGCAGGGCCACGCCAAACUCGGAUUACAACUCUGCCGUCAAUUUCGACUUUAUCGACAAUGCCUGCUCACUUGACGGCGAUGACACCAACAUCACCUAUCUUACAGACUAUCGCAUCGGAGUAGAGAUCAACACUUUCAGGUUCAUCGAUGAGGGAGAUAUGGUUUAUAUCCACUGUGAUCUCCUAGUAUGCGAUGCCGGAAAUACUGACUCCCUUUGCAAGGAAAGAUGUGCCACCUCGACAUCAAUGAUCACAGGGAGGAGGAGGCGUGACGUCAGCAGUGGAUUAAAGACCAAGCGAUUCACCCGAGGACCUCUUCGAGUACGACGCGCUGCACAGUCACAGGAAAGCAUUUCCCGAAUGGACAUUAGCCAGAGUGGAGUUUCAACACAACAAGAGGUUACCAAUGCUUUCAAUCCAUGGAUGGUUGCUAUGGCUGCUAUGGCAACCGUUGUCAUGGCAAUGGCCGCCAUGAUGGUAGUAGUCCUCCGCAAAGUCAGCAACAUCUCUGCAGCUCCAAUGCGGGGUCAGUACAAGGAGGAAUCAGCUAGACUUCUUGAUGAGAGCGAAGAAAUAUAAUUCAAGUGAUCCGGUACUUCCUUACGAUAAUGUAUUGCAGACUAUAUUUAACGACGGGAAAAGGGGUGAAAAAAUGAACCUUCGAAUUACAAACCGAUGAAAUCAUUGCAUAAGAAAAAACAAUAACCUGGCAAAUAACAAAUGAUUCAGCAUAGUUAAAAUUGUAUUUAUUUUGUUGAUAAAUUCAUAUUCUGCAGUGCAUUGGCUGCAUGUGGCAUGAUAUAUAUAUAUAUAUAGAUAUAUAUAUAUAUAUAUAUAUAUAUGAUAUUUACAUGUAAAUGAAAUCUAAUUUUCAUGAUAAGUCUUUGCAACUGAUGAUAAAUAACUUGAUGAGAUUGAAGGGGGCUAAUCGUGCUUCUGAUCUAUUUAUCGUUUGUUUUUAUAAAUCAAUCAGAGAUAUUUCAUUAUUUUUUGGUAAUAUUUAAAUAAAGAGAAGCAAAUAAACAAACGCUUCACAUAAAAUCCGAAUGGGCUCCACGACGUAUUGAUGUCUGUAUAUAAAGAAAAAAAAAUAUCAUGAAAUAGUUUCCGUGGCUUCAUUGAUUAAUGGAAUAUUACUGUUAAUUAUUACUGCAAUAUACCAUUUUUAUCUUAUUUGUUAUUUAAAGUUAAUUGGCAGGAAAAAAAGCUUUACUGUACAUUUUCAUUUAAUCUCUGGGUCGUUGAAAAUCUGUGAUCAUUUCAACAGCUGUACAGGGAAUCUGACAUGGCCCUGGAAACAAUUUCUUGGGGUGCUGAUGUAAAUUCGAAAAGCAAAAAAAAAAAAAUAAUAAAAUGUCAUUUUUGUAACAUUUUGUUUCUUCAUUUUGUCACAUCUUCCAGAAUACUUGGGGGUGCUGCCUAUGGAAAAUAAUACACGUAGCACCCCCAUAGAAAUGGUUCGGGUGCUGAAGCACCCCACCCUGAAGCACCCCCAGCACCGCUCCCACUUCCCA